UUCAAUAAUUUGCUUACAGCUGCUAACCUCGUUGUCAUUCAAUUGUUUGCUUUUUGCGAUGACGAAACAUUUGAAGCAACUGUACAACACUCUGGAAGCUUUGUUGAAGUCGGAAGAGCAACACAUCCGUGAAAGAACGGUAAUCUCGUACAAGUUGCAUGAUUCGAACGUACGUUCAUUAAGGAAUGAAACAGCGACGUGGAUGGUCAACAAAUUUCAAACUACACCACACUCACUUGUGCUGGCAGUGAACUACCUUGAUCGCUUUUUGUCAGUCGUCAAGGUUCAACCAAAGUACAUGAAAUGUGUAGCUGCUAGCUGCUAUUUUAUUGCAGCAAAGGUUGUGAACGAGGAAAAUCCACCACCUAAAGCUAGUAGUGUUGUCAAGAUAAGUGGAUGUAAGGCAAAGCCUUGUGAUCUUAUUCGGAUGGAGAAGAUCAUUCUGCUCAAGCUCAACUUUGAGCUAAAUGCAGUCACUCCUCUUCAUUUCAUUCGCACAUACCAUGCUCUUGCUUUUCAUCACGGUUAUCUUCAUACUACUGGAGUGUCUACGAGUCAACAUUUAAACUUAGUUAUUAGACAGCUCAGCUACUGCUUACAAAACAGUGAUUUGAUGAUAUACAAGUCAUCUACACUAGCAUUGGCACUGGUCAUGUCUGAGCUGAAACAUGUUGCUAGUGUCGACUGGUUGGGUGUGGGGAUGUUUUUACAGCUUGUAUCUCAGAUGUCUGGUCAAGAGCUUUCUGCUUGCUAUGAGGCUGUACAAGAGUUUUUCUUUGCUAAUUCUCUUGAUUGUCACGUGCUUGCUCAAGCAUCAGAAAAAAAGAAAACAUCUCAUUACGUUGUGUCUGUCGGGAAUACCAUUGACAAAAGACAAAAACCUUACGCUGAUUUGGUUGCUAAUAGAAUGUCCAAUGAUGACAGCAGCCAUUUUGUUGGUCUUGUUCAUGGCAACUGUAGUGAGAACCUGUCUGAGCAAGCAACUGAUGCUCAAGUGAUCAUCUGCUCAUCAUGCUGAUCUCAUAGGGUAACUGCAUGCAUGCAUAGUAAAAGGUGUACUUACAAACUACAAUCGUACUUGUUGUUUCCUGAUCAAUUUGACUACUAAUAGCGUUAAUUAUUAGAUAUUUAUAGAGGGAUAUUUUGUCACUGCAAUAGCUGCUGUC